UACCGUCCAAACAUGGCAACCCACGAAGCAGACUUAGAAGCCGGUGCUGGCUUUUGUGGGAAAAUGUGGAUGUUGUGUGCUGCACUGCUGGCUCUGGGCUCUGUCCAAUGUUUCAGUAGUGACUCAAAAGCUGUCACAACAACACUGACCACUAAAUGGCCCUCUACACCACUCCUGCUGGAGGCCAGUGAGUUCCUUGCUGAAGAGAGUCAGGACAAGUUUUGGGACUUUGUGGAAGCCAAUCAAAAUAUUGAAAGUGACCAUGAUGACACGGAUCUGGCAUACUACGAUCUGAUCCUGAAGAGAGCCAGUGUGCUGCUGAGCCCAGUCCAGCUAAACCUGCUGAAGUUGGCUUUGUCUCUGAGGGCCUACUCAUCCACCGUCCAUUCCUUCCAGCAGAUCGCCUCUAAUGAGCCUCCUCCACCGGGCUGUAAAGCGUUCUUCAAUAUACAUGGACAGACGUCUUGUGAUACAGAAAGACUUAAAGUCAUGCUGGAUAAUGCCGUAGAACGGCCCAAGCCUUACCUGUUCAAAGGCGAUCACAAAUUCCCUUCAGCCAGUCCCGAUGCACCGGUUGUGAUUCUUUAUGCCGAGCUGGGCACCAAAGAAUUCACCAGAUUCCAUCAGCUGAUGCUGGCCAAAGCCAACAAAGGCUUGAUCACUUACGUUUUACGCCACUUUCUGUCGAUCCCCAGCAAAGGUAGAGUGCACCUGUCUGGAUAUGGAGUGGAACUGGCCAUCAAAAACCAAGAGUACAAAGCCAAAGAUGACACACAAGUUCAAGCUGGAGCUGAUGUGAAUGCCACUGUAAUAGGUGAAAACGAUCCUGUGGAUGAAGUCCAGGGCUUUCUGUUUGGCAAACUCAAGACCAUUUAUCCUGAACUUAAGGAACAGCUGAAGGAGCUCCGGAAGCAUUUGAUUGAGAGCACCAAUGAUAUGGCCCCACUUAAAGUCUGGCAGAUGCAAGAUCUCAGCUUUCAGACUGCCGCCCGUAUCCUGGCAGCUCCCUCUGUGGACGCUCUCAAUGUCAUGAGGGAUUUGAGCCAGAACUUCCCAACCAAAGCCAGGUCCAUAACAAAAACGGUUGUUAAUUCAGAGAUCCGGAAGGAGAUUGAGGAAAAUCAAAAGUAUUUUAAAGGGACAUUAGGUCUCCAGCCAGGGGACUCAGCUCUGUUUAUCAAUGGACUCCAUAUUGACCUGGAUGUGCAGGAUAUUUUCAGCGUUUUUGACGUGUUGAGGGAUGAGGCAAGGGUCAUGGAGGGUCUGCGUAGUCUGCUUAUAGACACACCCUACAUCCACGACAUCCUCAAACUUAAUGUUCAGCCCUCAGACUCUGACUAUGCAGUGGACAUCCGCAACCCUGCUGUUAACUGGAUUAAUAACCUGGAGACAGAUGGCCGAUAUGCAUCCUGGCCCUCUAAUGUGCAGGAGCUGCUGCGGCCCACCUUUCCAGGAGUCAUUCGACAGAUCCGGAAAAACUUUCAUAAUCUGGUGAUGAUUCUGGAUCCAACCCAUGAGAACACGGCAGAGCUGAUCAGCGUGGCUGAGAUGUUUUACAGCAACAACAUCCCACUCAGGAUUGGAGUGGUGUUUGUGGUGAAUGAUUCUGAUGAGGUUGAUGGGAUGCAGGAUGCUGGUGUGGCUUUACUUCGAGCUUUCAACUAUAUCUCUGACGAUGUUGACAGCCAGAUGGCCUUCGAUGCCAUCAUAUCUAUGUUGAACAGAGUUCCCAGUGGUGGCAAACUGAAGGUGGAACAUGUGGUGGGUGUGUUGGAGAAGAGAUAUCCCUAUGUAGAGAUCAGCAGCAUCCUGGGGCCUGACUCUGCCUACGACAACAACAGAAAAGAGGGAAAGGCAUAUUAUGAGCAGACUGGUGUUGGCCCAUUGCCUGUGGUGUUGUAUAAUGGAAUGCCUUUACAACGUGAGCAGUUAGACCCAGAUGAACUUGAGACAGUCGUCAUGCACAAGAUCCUAGAGACCACCAGUUUUUUUCAGCGCACAGUCUACCUGGGUGAACUGAACAGUGACCAUGAUGUAGUGGAUUUUAUCAUGAAUCAGCCCAAUGUGGUCCCACGAAUCAAUUCCAGAGUCCUGAGCACCAACAGGAAUUAUCUGGACCUUUCUGCCACCAACAAUCAUUUUAUCGACGAAUAUGCACGUUUCCUCUUUCUGGACACCAAAGACAAGAAUGCAGCGGUGGCCAACAGCUUGAAUUACAUGACAAAGAAAGAUGAUGGCAUCAUCCGUCCAGUGACUUUCUGGGUAGUGGGAGAUUUUGACCAGCCCUCGGGACGACAGCUGAUGUAUGAUGCUAUACGUCACAUGAAAACCAGAAAUAAUGUACGAUUAGGGGUGAUAAAUAAUCCCACCGAGAACGCAGAGUUUGCUGUCGGGGGCAUGGAUGUUCCCCUGUUUAAGAGUGCAUAUGAGUCCCCUAAUGUGAACUUCCUGUUGGCUCACUCUGCCUACUGUCGGGAUGUCCUCAAACUGCAGAAGGGCCAGAGAGCUGUGAUCAGUAAUGGAAGAAUCAUUGGUCCAUUGGAAGAAGGGGAGGUCUUCAACCAGGAUGAUUUCCUGCUUCUGGAAAGCAUUAUCCUAAAGACAUCAGGAGAGAGUAUUAGGGCCAAAAUUCAACAGCUGGGCAUGGUAGAGGACAGAGCUAGUGAUCUGGUGAUGAAGGUGGACGCCCUGCUGUCCUCCCAACCCAAAGGUGAGGCAAGGCUCGAGCACACUUUUGCAGAAGACAGAUACAGCGCUCUAAAGAUCAGACCAAAGGAAGAGGAAGUGUACUUCGAUGUUGUAGCUGUUGUGGAUCCAGUGACCAGAGAUGCUCAGAAACUGGCACCCCUCCUUUUGGUGUUGAAGCAGCUGGUCAACGUCAACCUGCGAGUGUUCAUGAACUGCCAGUCCAAGCUCUCUGACCUCCCACUGAAAAGUUUUUAUCGAUAUGUUUUGGAGCCGGAGGUUUCAUUUAUGGCAGAUAGCAGCUUUGCUCCUGGUCCGAUGGCUAAAUUCUUGGAUAUGCCACAGUCGCUGUUGUUUACCCUCAACCUCAACACCCCCGAGAGCUGGAUGGUUGAGUCUGUCCACACACGCUAUGAUCUAGAUAACAUCUACCUUGAAGAGAUUCCUUCCAAGUGGCUCCCAGAAUGUUGCAAUUGCAUGUGCUCGACAUUAGUGCUGAGGGAUUUCAUGCAUAGAUUCUGUUGCCCUAAAUCAUGUUUGCAGGUGCAGAAAAAGCCUGAUAUGAUGAAAGAGGAACUUCUUAGUGAUGAUACCCAUGAGAACGACUCUGGAUUCUGGACAUCUAUAACCAGAGGACUUACUGGUGGUUCAAAGCCAGAAGAACCCAAACAGGAGAAAGAUGAUGUCAUUAACAUUUUUUCUGUGGCCUCUGGUCACCUGUAUGAGCGGUUCCUCAGGAUAAUGAUGCUGUCUGUGCUCAAACACACCAAGACACCCGUCAAGUUCUGGUUCCUCAAAAACUACCUGUCUCCUACUUUUAAGGAGUUUAUUCCAUAUAUGGCAGAGAAGUAUGGUUUCCAGUAUGAGUUGGUACAGUAUAAAUGGCCACGCUGGCUUCACCAGCAGACAGAAAAGCAAAGGAUCAUCUGGGGAUAUAAGAUCCUGUUCCUCGAUGUGCUCUUCCCGCUGGCUGUGGACAAGAUCCUCUUUGUAGAUGCGGAUCAGAUAGUUCGCACAGACCUGAAGGAGCUGCGGGACUUUGAUCUGGAGGGAGCGCCGUACGGUUACACGCCUUUCUGUGAGAGCCGAAGAGAGAUGGAUGGAUACCGUUUCUGGAAGUCUGGCUACUGGGCCAGUCACUUGGCAGGACGUAAAUAUCACAUCAGUGCUCUAUAUGUGGUCGAUUUGAAGAAGUUCAGGAAGAUCGCAGCUGGAGACAGACUGAGAGGCCAGUACCAGGGUCUGAGUCAGGACCCCAACAGCCUGUCCAACCUGGACCAGGAUCUGCCCAACAACAUGAUCCACCAGGUGCCAAUAAAGUCACUUCCUCAGGAGUGGCUUUGGUGUGAGACCUGGUGUGAUGAUGCAUCUAAAAAGAAAGCCAAGACUAUAGAUCUGUGCAAUAAUCCACAGACAAAAGAGCCCAAGCUGCAGGCUGCUGUACGUAUAGUAGCCGAGUGGAGCGACUAUGACCAGGAGAUAAAGAGAAUCUACAACAAUUUCCUGGAGGAGAAAGAGAGAGACACCACAGACAGCUAUCAGCAAACAGACAGAAAACACCCAG